AUGUGGAGCUCUGAAGAUCCUGUUAUCUUUGAUUCUUAUGCCAACCUGCAACUGGUGGCAUUUCUCCUGACAGGCAAUAUCAUUCACUCAGACUAUUAUUAUCGUUGUGGAAACCCCAAAUUCCUGCACAUUAAAGACCAUCCAUGUCUCCAAAGACACGAAGAGAGUGAAUGGAUGCAUAUAGUCAUGCUGGCUAUUGAACAAGUUGCUUGCCAGAAUAAACCAACAAAACCACAAAAUGACAAACCUAGAGAACACUUUGAGAGUUUGAUCAAGGCUAUGGAAGCAACAAUUAACGACAUCGCGCCCCAUUUCGAGGUCGCGGUGCCUUCUAUCAAUGCCUUCUACAUGGUAGAUUUAGGCGAUGUACUCAAAAGCCAGACCAAGACCCAAACGCAGCCUUGCUGGACACUAGCCAUCAUUGCUCAGCUCUGGGCACCUGUGGUACUAGACACAGGAGCCUGCGAGUCUCUGAUUUCUGACACAUACCAGGGCCUUCUGUUCUCCGAAACCGAUUUGCAGGAUGUGGAAAUGAUGGCUUUCAACGGCAUUGGUGGAUUCAUUGCAUAUGGGAAACCUCUCAUCAUCCUAGCCAACAAUGUUCUGGGACAUUUGAAACUCCAAAUCUUGGUUCAGGAACCCCUGUUACCCAGUUUCGCAGUGACACUCAAGAAUCUGGACAUCCUUAUCCCUUGCUUCAUAACAGAUGAGCUGGACACUGAUCACAUGCACAGCACACCAUACAAGACCAAGCAGGGUGAAUUCAUGAAGGAUGUGUCAAUGCCAUGGCUGACCAAAGCCAAAGCUCAGAAGUCUAGAUUAACCAUGUUAAUCACAGGACAGAUGCGCAUGGCAGCCCAAACUUUUCUCAUCAAAAACCCUCUUGAGGCCACUGCUGCUAGCACAACGGCCCCGUUAGGCCUCAAACUGUCCACCGCGACCCAUAAUUCGGUCGCGGACCCCGAAGAGAACAUUUCCGAAGAAGAAUGGCAGACACUUCGGAACAAAUGGAACCUCAACUCUACAGAGAAGGCUCCAGGGGCCUUUGAAGCCCAAUUAAAAGACGCGGAACAUUUCCACGUCGAUCUCAAAUGA